AUGCGCCGUUCAGGCACAGCGGAGCGAGAGGCUACGUUCCAGACGAUGAAGCGGAUUGCGGGGUCCAGGAGGAGCGGGGGAUCUGGGACAGGGUCGUUCUACGCCUUCCACGGGAGCAAGCCCGACAGCUGGCACGGCAUCCUGCACGUGGGCCUCAGGAACGUUUCCGACACCGUGGAGGGCAUUGACCUCUCUGCUCUUAGCGGGGAAGAACUACAACAAAAGGUGGAGGAGAUCGUCCAGCAACGAGUACAAGGCGAAGUUGAGGCCAACAGGAUCAACGAGGGUGAAUUCACCUACGCCCAACCACCAGCCGUCAACCCAGUCCCACCCACUGGCAACCAGCCAUCACCCUCCAGCCAAGGCAAACCAGCCACCUUCAUCGACCCCAGCAGCGUCGCACACAUCGUGGCGCAAGCGGCUAAGGCGACAGUUGAGGCCAUUGCUGAACAACAGGGCUUUGCCCGAAUACUGCUUGCCCACGAUGUCCUGACGUUGAGUACCCUCGAGACUGUGGUGAGGGACGCCCACGGGGAGAUGGCGCGCGAGAGGAGCACGGGGGAGAGGCGCGAGGUGGAGCUCGCUCUCGUUGCGUCCGGCAUGAGCCGGCGCGGCGGGGGCAGUGGGGGGGCAUCCGGGGGUCAAGGCGGCGGUCACGCAGCAGCUGACGGCCAAGAUAGCGACGGAGAGAAGAAAAACGGUGAUGUGUUCAACGACGACCCUUACGGAUUCUGCCGCUACCACCAGUCCAAGCUUCACACCAACGAGCAGUGCCGUUUCCAGCGGCAACUGCGGCGCGCGCGUUCGAGAGAGGGCGCCGAGGAACGCCGCUCGGGGGGCGGCAGCCGCGGUGGCGGCGGUAGCCAGCGAGUGGGUAGACCGCCGACGGGGCCCGGCCGCGGUGGCGGGCGAUGGGUGAGGAAUGAAGGGCAGCAGCACCACACCGGUCAUGGUGGCGGUGGCUGGAGCCAAGCCUCGCCCCCCCCGCGACCUCUUCGUAGACGUGGGCCUGGUGGUCGUCUGGGGCGUCACGCGGGGGAUUGUGGGCCCGCGGGACGCCACAGCAGCGACGGUCGUGCCAAGAGAGAGCGGGCAGGGAGAGGCCCGGGGCACGCGCGUUCUGGCCACGGACGAGAGCAGGCGUACGUAGCGUACCACGCCCACGAUGAUGGUGGUUACUACGAACACUACGGCGACUACGAUGACGAAAACUAUUGUGACGACGGAUACUACGACGCCGGGUAUGCACACUACGCUGGCGGUGGGGACAGCUACAGCUACUCCUCCGGGAUAGGAGUGACGAUUGGAGUAGAGUCUGCUGCGUCUACUUCGUCUUUGCUGAGUGUGGAAUCUAGUGAGGGGCCGCCUGGUAGCGAGAGAUGGGUAGCUGACUCAGGAGCCAGCAACAGUUUCACCAACAACAGCCUACACAUGUAUGACCUGGAAGAGAUCCCCGCCAGUAGGAAGUAUGUCGUUGUAGGUGAUGGUCGACUGCUAGAAGUGCAAGCCAUCGGUAGUAUCAAUCUUACUUUCUUCCAGGAGGAUGAGAAUGGUGAGGAAACGACGAUGUGUGUGAAGCUCACUGACGUGUCUGUUGUAGAGAGCCUGAGGUUCAACUUGUUCUCAACGCAUGCUGUUUCUCUGAAGCAACCAAUCCUCUCCGACGACCGUGGUGCAACUCUACAAAAUGGACUGCUCUUCGCUAGAGAGGAAAAAGUGUCUGCAGCGUAUGCCAUGCGGUUGCCGUACGACCCAUCUGCGACUAUUGUAGACCCUGCUGCUUUGCCCGCAUUCGUGACUGCCCUCGAUUCCGCCCCCGCCGUUGGCUCCGCGCGUUCCCCUUCCCAAAAGGGGGGCUCCGCGAAAUCAUUGGUGUCCAUGUUGCGUAUUCCUCCCGCUCGCUCAGCUAGCGUGAGAGGCAUCGUGCUCACGGGCAAGCUGGAGCCGUGCACGGACUGCAUGAGGGCGAAGGGCAGGCGAGGGUCGGUGCCGCGGGGGCCGGAAGUUUGGGCGUCUAAACCCCUCGGGCGUGUUCACCUGGACCUGUGUGGACCGCUGGUGCCUUCCCUGGGCGGCAACCUCUACCUGUUCGUCGCCGUGGACAGCGCCUCGCGGUGGAACAAGGUCUACGGUCUCCGGCGGAAGUCCGACGCGCUGGCGGCAACGAAAAGGCUGCUGGCGGACGUGGGGCGGUACGACCUCGGGCGCAUCGAGUGUUUCCGCGUCGACAACGGCACCGAGUGGACCCGCGGCGACUUCCGGCGCUUCUGCGACGACAACGGCAUCGGCGUCGAGUUCACACCUCCUGGCGUUCCACAGUACAACGGCGUCGUCGAGAGCGCCAUCUGGCGCAUCAUGAAGGCCGGCAUGGCCGCUCGCCGCAGCGCUGGCCGUGUGUUCAACGUCGACUUCGCCUCCAUCCCCGGCCUCGACGAGCGCGGCCACCCUCUUCUACUNCACCCGAGCGGCACCGUCAAGGUCCUCAAGGCGUCCACCGGCCGCGUCGUCUACACCAACAACGUGUCGCGGGUGACGUCGGCGCCAGCCGGCAAGGGGGGUUCCGCUGGUAUCAACGCUGCGCGGACACCCCCUCCAUUCACGCCGCCGGUCGUCUCGAUCAAUUUUGGCCCAGCACCGACGCCUUCGACCGCUGCACCGCCGCCGCCAGCGCCCACGCCGUCGCCCGCUCCCGCUCCCGCUCCCGCUCCCGCUUCGCCCCCUGCCGCUGCCGCAACGCCGCUGCCCGUNGUCCACCGGCCGCGUCGUCUACACCAACAACGUGUCGCGGGUGACGUCGGCGCCAGCCGGCAAGGGGGGUUCCGCUGGUAUCAACGCUGCGCGGACACCCCCUCCGUUCACGCCGCCGGUCGUCUCGAUCAACUUUGGCCCAGCACCGACGCCUUCGACCGCCACACCGCCACCGCCAGCGCCCACGCCGUCGCCCGCUCCCGCUCCCGCUCCCGCUCCCGCUUCGCCCCCUGCCGCUGCCGCAACGCCGCUGCCCGUUCCCACGCCUUCACAGCCGCCCUCUGCUACUUCGCCGUCACCGUCGGCGACCCUCGCUCCUGGCCAAACGUCCUCUACCGCUUCGCCGUCACCGUCGGCGACUCCCGAUCCGAACCAGCCGCCGUCGCCGCCGGUCCCCGCGAUGCCCCCGCUUACGGCUCACGCCAUGCGGCAGCUUCGCCCGGGUACAAAGGCCGAGGCACAGGACUUAUCUCGAUGCUAGGCAAGAACACUCUGGUGUCGAUGCUGGAGGCUCGGAGCGCGGUGGAUGAGGAGCGCAGGGAGCCGGGGGGAACGGGGGCCGGAGAGCAGGGGGGAGCACUCGCAGCGGCGGACCCGGGGGCUGGAGGAGCGGGCUUUCCACUCGCAUUUGCCACGAUCCUCGCCAACCGGGAAGACAUCGACGCCACGCUGCGAGACCAGCGCCCGCCGGAGCAACGCCCUGACCUUCCGCACUACCAGGCCAGCGAGCUUCGUGUUCCAAAGAGCUACAAAGAGGCCAUGGCGUCGGAGCACCGGCACCUGUGGAGAGACUCUAUGCAAAGGGAGUUUUAUGACUUGUUGGAAGCAGAGACUUUUACUCCGUCGAAGAUGUUGGCUGCUUUGGCGUGCGAGUUGAACCUCGACUUGUGUCAUUUCGAUAUGGAGCAAGCUUUUGUGCGUUCGGAGUUGGAGGAAGACGUGUUGACGAUUUCUCAACAGAUUUUCACGGAUGAGCUAGCAGCAGAGUAUGGAGUAGUGGGAGGUAAGAGCGUUCCGAUGUUUUCGGGGGUGAAGCUUUCUGAUUUUAAUGCGGAUGAGGUGGCAACAGACCUUCCGUUUCGUGAACUAGUCGGAUCUUUGAUGUGGCUGGCGAAUCAGACUAGGCCAGAUAUUGCGAACGCAGUAAGGGCAGUAGCUAGGUAUUGCGCCUCUCCGAAGCUGCGGCACACUGAUGCGGACUUUGCAAGCAAGGCAGCAGACCGUAGGUCGGUAUCAGGGGGGAUCGUCACGUGUGGAGGAGGCGCCGUGCCUUGGUUUUUCAGAACACAAGUGUGUUGCGCUUUCGACGACGAAGCAGAGUACGUCGCGCUUGGUGACGUAGUGAAGGAGAUCUUGUUUUUGAGGAAAAUUUGGCGUUUCAUGUUGCCGCAGGUCGGCAUGCCGUGCAUCCCAGUCUUCGAGGACAGCCAGGGGGCGAUUCAACUAGCGCAGAACCCCGUUUCAAACUCGAAUUCGAAGCACAUAGAUGUAAGGCACCAUAUUCUCAGGGAACUGGUAGAGAGGAAGGAAAUUUCGGUGAUCCACGUGCCGUCGCCAUACCAGCGUUCAGAGUUUCUUACGAAGAGCUUGCCGAAGGACACCUUUGAGUCUCACCGGCCUGCCGACGGUAUCCGUACGUCGGUGGAUGCCUCGAUCACCGACGGCGGCGGCAGCAGCGGUGGUGGCGGUGUCCCUCCCUCCGCCACUGUGGCGGGCGCGGCUGCCGCAAUGGCAUUGGCAGCCCAGGACCAGCAGAACCCGCCGCCGCAGCAACAGCAGCCGCCGCAGCAGCAGCCGCAACAGCAGCAGCAGCAGCAGCAACUUCAACGUCAGCAGCAAGAAGCGGCAGCUGGGGCCGCAGCCGCGGCGGGGUCGGCGGUCGGCGGGGACGAGGCACGGCUGGCCGACGGCAUGGCUGGUUUAUCCGUGGAGGGCCUCGGUGGGUCGUCUACGAUGGCCGGGGGGAACAACCUGGGUGCCGGUGCGGCGUCGGGGGCGCCGCGUGCGUUGCAGCUUGUGAUGUUGCAGCAAGAUAACGAGAAUCUCGUUGCGAAAGUAUCGGCUUUGGAGCAAUCCCUGCAGCAGUUGCUGAACAACCAAAGGGGGGGCGCGGGUUCGCACGUGGUCGGCCCGCAUGCUGCUGAUGGCGCGGGAGCCGCGGUGGCGGUCGGUGCGGGUCUUGGUGCAGCUGCUGCUCCUGGGUCGGACGCUGAUCGCCAGCGUCGCUUCGCAAAAGCGGAAUUCGAGAGUACCGCUUCUGCUUGGCGUGCGGGACGUUUGAUGUGGGCGCUGCGUGGUAAGCGGGGAAUUGACGUUCCCAACAAAGAGACCCUGCAAACGAUGAUGGGGGGGACCGUUACCGGCACCGACAAGACUUUGCAGCAGCUUCGGACCAUGUCCGGACUGAACGUCCUCGACUUCUUUCCCGUUGGCAAUUCUGGUGAGCUGUCAGUCCCGGACCACUUCGAUUUGACCUGUGCUGCGAUCGUUAACGUGUUGAAAUUUGGUCUCUCUGCCACCUCCGCGGACAACGCUGCAGCUCUGGCGCGCUUGCUGCCCAUGGAGCAGGCCAUGCUUUCGGCGCGGGGUACGCUGCGCAUGCAAGCCCUCCGUCAUAUGGGCGAUUUUCAGGGGAGGGGGUCGCGGGGGACCUUCGCCGACCUCCCUAACGACGAUUUUCGGGAAUGGGCAAAUGCGGUAAUGUUGUGGAUGUUACCGAUGCAGAAUUUGCCGGUGCCGCCGGAGUCUUUCGAGCGCUUUGGCCCCCCGCCGGUUCCUCGGUUCGAUGGCAUCAACGGCUUCUCCAUGUCCGGGAGCAUUGCGCUACGGAUGUUCGGGACUGUGGGUGGUGGAGGGUCUUCUGGAUCGAGUGGGGGUAAGAGACGGCGGGGGGACUCCCGCUCCGCGGGUGGGGACUCCAAACGCCGGUCGAAAGUGUGUUUCGAAUAUCGCGACUCCCAAACAUGCAGGUGGGGCGACUCCUGCGUGUUCCGCCAUGCGACUGGGGGCGGCAAGGGUGGCGGCGGCGGUGGGGGUCGCGCUUCGGGUGGAGGGGGAGCCUCGGGCGCCGCGACCGAUGGCGGAAGCGGCUCGUCGGCGUUGGUCGUUCGCCGGGGAGAUGGCAGCAACUGAGGACACGGGCUCUGCCUUUCGGCGGGGCCAACUCCACAGUCGUGUGGGAGCGUAGAUCAGACAGCGGGGCCGGGUUCCAGAGCGCUUGGGGCCGCCGCGUUGGCGGCGGCGGGCGUGGGUGUCGGUCGAGGGGCGUGUGUGCCCGGGGCUGUCUCUUCGUUGCGACCAGGAAGUGGAGUUGAAUCGAGCCGGGCAAGAGAUGUGCUCUGCCGUACUGGGGCCAGCCUCGUCCGCCAGUCACUUGCGCGAACGUCUGAACGAACUUACCUGGGCCUUUUUGGAGCCUGGGUGAAAUAUCGUGUGAUCGUGGUGCACCGGCCGGUUUGUAUUGCUGCCGAGGUUGUUACGCGUGAUAUCGUUGCUCAAUUGCUUGAGUACGUCGCGUAUUGUUUUUCCGUUUUGGGUCUACAACAAUCGACGAUCGCCAGUCAUUUGUCCGCUAUUAAGUUUUUCCAUCGCGUGUCGGGUGAAGGGGAGCUUGACACGCAGCAUCCACUGGUGCGUUGUGCUUUACGUGGGGCGGCGCGGGGGCAUGCCGACGUGGGCACACAGCAGCGGUUGCGACGGCCGGUGUCUUGGGCGAUGUUGCAACGGGGGAGUUCGCUGGUAUCGCAAUGGGGGGGAGGCGGGCGCGUUUUGUUUCUCGCGCUGAGUGCUUCUCUCUUCUUCCUGACGCGAGCAUCCGAGAUGUUUGCGGUGUCGAAAUUGUCUAUGCAUGAGGUUCAUGGAUUGCGUCGGGGGGACGUAGCGUUUUUUCGGGGGUCGGUCCAGCUGUUGCAGUCGGCGCAGUGGCCAUUGGCCGAUCGCGUGGAGGUACGUUUUCGUUCGUCGAAAGGAUACCAGUUUCGGAAGGGGGCGGUUGCACGCGCACACGGCAAGGUCCGUGCUGUGGGGUUGACCGAGGGGGUGGUGCAGUGGAUGUCAUGGUGGAGCUGCUUUCUCUGUAUACCUUUUUGCCUUCGCAUGCGCCUCUCGUGGCUUUCGGUGUUGGUCAGGGCCAGUGGGCCAUGUGGACUAAGUGUCAAGCUACUGUGGCUCUUCGCCAAGUGGUUGCGUUGGCGGGUUUGCAGCCCGAGGAGUACGCGCUGCACUCCCUGAGAAUUGGGGGCGCAACUUUCUUAGCGGCGGGGGGGCUUCGCCGGAGGUUCUCCGAAGGGAAGGGCGAUGGUCGGGGAAGAGUAGUCACCAGUGUUACGUUCGGAAUGUUGGGGGUGACGCUUCGUGGGUGUCAGAGGUGUUGGCGAACAAGGAGAAGGUGACUACACAGCCAGGGCAAGGUACCCGAUGGGGUGACGUGUGAAGGGGUUCCGUGGCACGUUGUGUAUGUCGAGAUCCUUGUUGUACCGAUGGUAUUUUGCUGUACAUAUUGUAUGCCGCAUAUAUUGGACGUUGUACAUAUCGUAUGUUUUGCAUAUAUGGAAGCGGACGAGCGUGUUGGUGUUCUGUUUUCAGUCUACUCGCUUCGCCGUGUUUACCGGGGGCGAGCGAGAGCACGUGUGCGUGUGGUGGCCAAGGGUUGUUUUCUGCCGUGACGUUUCUUUUUGCCACCCACCCACCCUUGCUUUUGGGGGUGUCAGUGGACAUGGAAAUAGGAGCAGCGGCGUUGUGUUCAGGGUGAGUGUCCGUCGGGGGGGACUCACUGUGUAGCCGCAGUCGGGGUUGCGUGUGCCUAUGCUGGGCGCAGUUCCGAGGUGCUCGUCCCAUUUAUUUUGAGUGGGAUUGGUGUACAUCGCACUUCAGGUGGUAUAUGCAGGACGCAUGUUGUUGGGUGUAUCGGACCGUUGCAUGGUUGGGGGAGUGCACUCCUGGCUGCUGUGUGUGGCUAUGUUGGUGCUACGCGCUUCCCCGUUACGUGCGUGACGAGUCUGAUUGAUAAGUGGAUACGCAUACAUAUAAUAUGGCUUAUAUGUGGGUGUCCUGGUGUCCGGGUACAUGCGUGUUUUUCUGCAGUGCGAUGGGAAGGUCAGGGGAACAGAG